AGCGCUUAGCUGACUCGACCGCGUCCUGGAUAGACUGUCCCUGGAUAAGCUCUCCCACCUCCCCUUUAAAUAGGGGAUCCCGAUUCCGAAUUCCAAGCACUCUACGAACCUUCUCCCCGCCUCCAAUUCCGCUUAUGAUCUCAUGAUUACGCUGUCCUCUCUCGCUUGUUCCGAAUUUCUUGGCGCUCGGAUCCCGACUCCCUUUGGUUCCCCGAUUUGCGCGCUCCGAUCGUCCCCGCGCUGCGCUGCGCUGCACGCCCCCGCGACGGCGGCCGCCAUGGCGACGCUGUACGACGUGCUCGGGAUAGCCGCCGGGGCUACCGGCGGGGAGGUCAAGGCGGCGUAUCGGCGGCUGGCGCGGGAGUGCCACCCGGACGUGGUGGCGGCCGACCGGAAGGGGGCGUCGGCCGACGAGUUCAUGCGGAUCCACGCCGCCUACGCCACACUUUCCAACCCGGAGAAGCGCGCUGACUAUGACCGCAGGUUGGCGGCGGCGGCGGCGACGGCUAUCGGCCGGCAGCAGUGGUCGCCACGCGGCCCGCGGCCGUUCCCGUCGUCCUCCUCGAGCCCCUCGGUGGCGACAUCUUUCUCCGGCUUCCGUCGCCGGACGUGGGAGACGGACCAGUGCUGGUAGAAAAUGUCCGAAGGGGGGAGCGAAUCGGUCCGAUCGCCGACCGGUCGGGUUUAUUUACGUAUUAUUAACCGGACGUAUACACGAAGGAAUUUGGGCCUGCUGGAGACGUCGGAUGAGAUCUCCGUCUUACAAUAUGCUGGUGGAAGAAGGCGACAGUAUUUUUAGUAGCCUCGGCCAUCUUUGCACUGAUUUAAUAAUUCCUAGUUUUGUUUUUUUCUGAAUUUAAUAUGUAAAUAUCAUGUAUCAAAAAAAUAUAAAUAUUCAGUUAAUUUAGUUUGAGUUUUAGUACGGCAUACUAUGAGAUUUGAGAUUGUUGUUUGUGGUGUAAUUUUGAUUGGGUUGAAGAAAAUGAAUGACCAUCUAUGAUGAUAUAUUAAGCAAACUCUU